GGCUGCGGCUGCGGCUGCGGCUGCGCGGCUGCCGGGUCAGGAGCUCCUACUAGGUUCUCUGUUAGCAAGGUGGCUUUCCUGGAGGAGAUGUCGCUUUCCGGGCGGUGGAACCGUGGUUACUUCUCUAUGCUUAGCACACAUGCAUUUAUUUUUGCAUUCAUUCAAAAAUACUGAGCGCUCCUUUUGCGCCAGACCCUAAGUAAGGAACAAAACAGAUGAUAUUCUUACCCUCUGGGAGCCUACUGUGAGACAGGCAAUUCAUGAAACAGUUACAGUGAUUGAGACUAUCCACGAAUGUUUCAAGAAGGAAGGGAUAGUCAGUUAUUUCAAGUCCCACACAGAGCCACAAUGAGCAAGUCGUCUUCAGAGAGCCGUGGACACCCCCAUGGCGCCAGCUCCCCUUCGGAACGGAUGUUCUCGGCACCCUUGCCCCGGAAGGCCCCUCUGAAUACCCCUGGCACCCCGGUCCUUGAGGACUUUCCCCAGAAUGAUGAUGAGAAGGAGCGGUUACAGCGGAGGCGCUCCAGGGUCUUCGACCUGCAGUUCAGCACGGACUCACCUCACCUCCUAGCCUCCCCCUCCAGCAGGAGUGUUGAUGUUUCAGCUACAAUUCCCAAGUUUACAAACACACAGAUUACAGAGCAUUACUCCACCUGUAUCAAGCUGUCCACUGAAAAUAAAAUCACUACCAAGAAUGCUUUCGGCUUGCACUUGAUUGAUUUUAUGUCAGAGAUCCUUAAACAGAAGGACACCGAACCAACCAACUUUAAAGUAGCUGCUGGUACCCUGGACGCCAGCACCAAAAUCUAUGCUGUGCGUGUAGAUGUCGUCCAUGCUGAUGCGUACAGAGUCCUGGGAGGGCUUGGCAAAGACGCCCCAUCUCUGGAAGAAGCGGAGGACCCUGGUGCAGAUGGAAGCGCUGCUGAACCAGGAACAACCAAAAAGGCUCCAAAGCCAAAGAAGAAGCAUUCCUACAAAACCAUUGAGCAGAAUAUAAACAACCUCAAUGUCUCCGAAGCAGACCGAAAGUGUGAGGUGGAUCCCAUGUUUCAGAAGACUGCAGCCUCGUUUGACGAGUGCAGCACGGCGGGGGUGUUCCUCUCCACCCUGCACUGCCAGGACUACCGGAGCGAGCUGCUCUUUCCUUCCGAUGUCCAGCCUCUCUCCACUGGGGAGUCCCUUGAGCUGCCAGAUUUGGGCUGGGUAGAGAUGACAGACCUGAAAGAGCCCUUGCAGCAGUGUGUGGAAGAUCGCCAGCUCUGCCCCGCCCUGGCCGGCUUCCAGUUCACCCAGUGGGACAGCGACUCGCAUACUGAGUCUGUGUCGGCCCUGGUGGACAAGUUCAAGAAGAAUGACCAGGUGUUUGAUGCCGAUGCGGAGGUUGAGGAGAGUGACGGCGGGAAUUUCCUCGAUGGGCCCCUGGAGGAUGACUUUGAUGCGAACGAUGAGCCCGAGCACACUGCAACGGGGGACCACGAGGAGUUCAGGAGCUGGAAGGAGCCCUCCCAGCUCCAGAGCUGCCAGGAAGAAAUGAUUUCCCUUGGGGAUGGAGACAUUCGGGCCAUGUGUCCCCUUCUGUCCAUGAAACCUGGAGAAUAUUCCUACUUCAGUCCGCGGACUAUGAAGAUGUGGGCUGGCCCUGAUCACUGGCGCUUUCGGCCUCAGCACAAACAAGAGGCCCCCUCCCAGUCGGAGACCAGGAAGAAGAGUACAAAGAAAGACUUCACGAUAGACUUUGACGAAGAUAUUGACUUUGAUGUACAUUUUCGAAAAACAAAGGCUGCUACUGUUCUGAGCAAGUCCACCUUGGAGAACCAGAACUGGAGAGCUACCACUCUUCCUAUGGAUUUCCACUAUGAGAUCAACACCCUCGUACAGCUGCAUCUGAAGCCGGGCAUGAGGUUACUGAAGAUGGACCAGGGCCAGAAGGCAGGGACUGAGCAUUAUGAAGAAAUUGGGGACUAUGACUACAACAACCCCAACGACACCUCCAACUUUUGCCCUGGACUCCAGGCCGCUGACAGUGAUUCUGAAGAGUCAGACAACUUACUUGCGGAGCCAUUCGGGACCUUUGACCUCACAUCUGAGCCCUGCCACACACCUACAGCAGCACAAGAGAAUGGUGACACUCCUGAGGGCCAUGCCGACAUCACGACAUACGGGGAAUCCAACCUGGUGGCUGAGCCUCAGAAGGUAAAUAAAAUUGAAAUUCAUUAUGCCAAGACUGCCAAAAAGAUGGACAUGAAGAAGCUGAAGCAGAGCAUGUGGAGUCUGCUGACGGAGCUCCCCAGAAGGGAGGCCAGCGCCGAGGUGAACCUCAGCGAAACUGGCGCGGGAGCCUCGGUGGGCGUGGCCAAGGACAAGAUGCUCAGCAGGCUCACAAACGACCUGCAGAAGAGCCUGCCUCCCACCAUGGCCCAGAACCUCUCCAUCCCUCUGGCAUUCGCUUGCCUGCUGCACCUGGCCAACGAGAAGAAUCUGAAGCUGGAAGGCACACAGGAUCUUUCCGAUGUCUUCGUGAGGCAGAGCGACUGAGGCCCCGGCAGGAGUCGGCUGCAGGAGGCCCGGCUGUCUCCCGUCAGUCGGGCUGGAGGGAGAUGCAGGGGCCUGCGGCGAGGCUGUCGCCAGCUACUAGAGUGCCUGUCGCUCCGCCUGCCUCCGUCACUGUCUGGGUACUGGUGCCACGGCUCUGUCUGCUGCUGGCGGAAGUUUCGGUGCUUGCGACGAAUCGGGCAGGACGGGGAGGAUGGCACUGUGUGCUCACGGCCCAGCUGUGUGUGUCCACUGUGUGUCUCGGGCCUCUGUCAGUCUCCUCCCUCCCUGUUAUUUCCACCCUUCUCUUGUAGAAAGUAAUUGUUCCAUAGCUGCCUACUGUCGUUCUCAAGAUCCCCCCAGUCCAUGUACAUAAAGUUCUCUCCGUGUACAUUUAUAAAUGUAUAUAUAAUGCUGAAAAGACCUUUCCGAAGAAUGUGCCUGGCGAGAUAUUUCCAUGUCGCUGUUAGUAUUGGUGCUCUUCUCCCAGGACACACAUAUCACUGAGGCAGGAAAUGCUCGGGGACGUGCGCUGCCCCAGAGGAGAGUGGAGAAGAGGGAAGCAGCUGCUGGAGAGGAGGCUCAGGGUGGGGUCCAUGCUGGGUCCAUGCUGGGUCCCCGCAGAUUCCACAAGGGCAGUGGGGGCAGUGAUUGCUGACUUAGGGGCCCACCACCACUUUCACCCGGCCUCUGCACCCUGGAAGGAGCGUGCCCGCAACACGCCAUGUGAUGCGAAUGAAGCGCAGUGAAGUGACUCCCCUGCUGGGAGCCUCGGUUCCUGGCCGCCAGGCCAUGUGCUUGAAGAGCAGUGACGCCCAGCUCCUCAGACUCCGAGCACCCACAAAUCUAAAAUCUCUUCCAAGGAAUUCUGUCCUUGGUGGUCCUGGCUCUGCCAAACCCCCGCAGCUGUCACUGGCUAAGUUGAGAUCUUGGAUGCAAGGCCCCAAGUAAUUGGUGAUUCUUCUUUUUGGAGGGUUACCAGGAACCAAACUCAGGACCUUGCGCUGGCCAGGCAGGCACUGGGCGGCCGACCUGUGUCCCCAGCCCAAACAGGUGAUCAUACUUGACAGAAUCUUUUUUGCUUCUUAAGCCAAAAAUCACACAAAACACACACCCCGCCCCAGUGUGCUUCCGGGUGUGUCCUGAAUAUCACUCACUGCGCGGUCAUUGUGCCAGGCUUUAGGGGGACAGCAGCUCAUGCUUCCCCAUUCUGGCGCGGCUGGGCCUCUUGCUCGCACCUCAGUGCUGAGAGCAGCCUGCAGAGCCACUCGCCCCUCUGACCAUGUACUUGCUGACAGCGGGGCCCGGGCCGGGCUGAGCCCAGUGGACCCUCUCCACCUGCUCCCAGCUCCCCUGUCACGCAGCGCUGUGUCCGGAUGCCUCUGUCCCCUCCACAAACCUAAUCUUCCAAACAGUAGGGUUGUGAGGGGGACUCGGUGAACCCGUCACUGAGAUUAGAGCCCUUAUGAGAGGCUGAGCGCGCUUGUCCUCCACCCGCUGUGAAAGCCCCGUGAGGACACAGCAAGACGUGGCAUCUCUAAGGCAGGAAGCAGCGCCCCUCACCUACUGCGCCUGCCAGAGCCUCGAUAGCCGCCCGGCCUCUAGAGCCUGGAGUAGCGCGUGGUACCCUCUGCAAGCCGCGUCCGCGAGUGCACAGCGUAAGCCCAGGGGCCGGGUUGCGUCUCAUUUUCCAGCCAUAGGAUUUCCACUUGCGUUUCUUUUAUUUUGAGAUUCCCUGUUCACUGUCUGUUUUCCUUAAAACUGAACAUACUUUCUUUCUACUUCUUUUUGAACAUACUUACAAUAGCAGCUCUGAAGUCUUCGCCAUACCCUAAUCUGAGCCCUUCCAGCAAUAACUGGUCAUUCUUCCUGAAUGUAGAUUACACAUUUAUGUCUCUUGGCAUGUUUAGUCAUUUUCAGUUGAGACUUGGGUACUGUAAAUAAAGUGUCAUAGUGACUGGA